GAGGUGAAGCGAAGCCGGGCCGGGGCCGGCCGGGACCAGGCCGGAGGCUGAGCGGCGGCGACAGCGGUGGCCGGGAGGGGGGAGGAGAGGCGCAGUCGGAGGAGCCGCCGCAGCAGCUCCCCGCCUCCCGGGCUGAGGGAAUUUUAGGAAAGAUGGAUCAACCUAGUGGAAGAAGUUUUAUGCAAGUAUUAUGUGAAAAAUAUAGUCCUGAAAACUUUCCUUACCGCCGUGGUCCUGGGAUGGGAGUCCAUGUCCCAGCCACACCUCAGGGCUCUCCUAUGAAAGAUCGCCUCAACCUCCCAAGUGUACUAGUGUUGAACAGCUGUGGAAUAACCUGCGCAGGAGAUGAAAAAGAAAUUGCUGCCUUCUGUGCUCAUGUGUCGGAGCUAGAUCUUUCUGACAACAAGCUCAAAGACUGGCAUGAGGUCAGUAAAAUUGUGUCAAAUGUUCCCCAGUUGGAGUUUCUAAACCUGAGUUCCAAUCCUCUGAAUUUGUCGGUUUUAGAAAGAACAUGUGCUGGGUCCUUCUCUGGGGUUCGCAAACUUGUCCUCAACAACAGCAAAGCUUCUUGGGAGACAGUCCACACGAUACUGCAGGAGUUACCAGAUUUGGAGGAGCUCUUCCUGUGCCUUAAUGACUAUGAAACAGUGUCUUGUCCUUCUAUUUGCUGUCAUUCUCUUAAGCUACUACAUAUUACAGACAAUAACCUCCAAGACUGGACUGAAAUACGAAAGUUAGGAGUUAUGUUUCCUUCACUGGAUACCCUUGUCCUGGCCAACAAUCAUUUGAAUGCUAUUGAGGAGCCUGAUGAUUCACUGGCCAGAUUGUUUCCUAAUCUGCGAUCCAUCAGCCUCCACAAGUCAGGUUUGCAGUCCUGGGAAGACAUUGACAAACUCAAUUCAUUCCCCAAACUUGAAGAAGUGAGAUUAUUAGGAAUUCCUCUUCUGCAGCCAUAUACUACUGAGGAGCGAAGGAAAUUGGUGGUAGCCAGAUUACCAUCAGUUUCCAAACUUAAUGGCAGUGUUGUUACCGAUGGUGAACGAGAAGAUUCUGAGAGAUUUUUUAUUCGUUACUAUGUGGAUGUUCCACAGGAAGAAGUGCCAUUCAGGUAUCAUGAACUGAUCACAAAGUAUGGGAAGUUGGAGCCUUUGGCAGAAGUGGACCUAAGACCCCAGAGCAGUGCGAAAGUAGAAGUCCAUUUUAACGAUCAGGUGGAAGAGAUGAGCAUUCGUCUGGACCAAACAGUUGCAGAACUAAAGAAACAAUUAAAAACUCUAGUGCAAUUACCCACAAGCAACAUGCUUCUUUACUAUUUUGACCAUGAAGCACCCUUUGGCCCAGAGGAGAUGAAGUACAGCUCUCGGGCAUUGCAUUCCUUUGGCAUUAGGGAUGGAGAUAAAAUUUAUGUGGAAUCCAAAACAAAAUAACCUCGACCAGCCUUGUAAAACACACACUUAAGGACUUCUUGCAGGGCAUGUUUCCGGUGUAGUUUU